CUGUACCAACAUUAACGUUGAGGGCCUAUUAAAAAAAUCUUCUUUGUCGAGGCUCCGACAACGUCAACGAACGUCAAAAAAAUGGCAGGAAAUUCGCAGCAUCAAAGUCAAGGAAUGGAACCUCCUCAAGACCAAGAGCAGAUCCGAUUUGAAGUGGAAUUGGAGUUUGUUCAGUGCCUAGCCAACCCUCACUAUCUUAACUUUCUUGCCCAGAGAGGUUACUUCAAAGAUAAAAAGUUUGUUAAUUAUCUUCAGUAUCUUCAAUAUUGGAAGGAGCCUAAGUAUGCCAAAUAUCUCAAAUUUCCACAGUGUCUUCAUUUCUUGGAGCUGUUGCAGUAUGAACACUUCAGGAGAGAAUUAGCCAAUGCUCAGUGUGUCAAGUUUAUUGAGGAUCAGCAGCUUCUGCAUUGGCAACACUACACUCGAAGGCGUAUGAGACUACAGCAGUCCCAUCUAGAGAACAUGCAGCAUCAACAACUCACCCAGCAACAGCAGCAACAAGGAGUCACAGGAGCUGCCGGUGGAGUGGCAACAAGUGGGACUUCAAAUCAGCCAGCAGGGAUCAUGCAAGCGCCCUUGCCACCUCAGCAACAUCCUCAUCAGCAACAACAGCAGCAACAUGCUUCACAACAGCAGCAGCAACAACAACAACAUCAACAAAUGGCCUCACAAAUGAGAACUGGUCAACAAGAACAAAAGCCAUUACAACAAGGAUCUUCAACGCAACAAACAAUGAAAUGAUAAUCGAGAAUACAAUCCUAUUUCUGCUUCUUCUGUGAUGGCUAACACCUAGCCGCUGAAGUUAGCUUAUGGAAUUUCUUUGUAUGAGAAUCGGAAGAAGAUAUCUAAAGACGUUAUUGGAAGGAAGAUUGAACACCAAGUGGAGCUAAGUUGCAUGACUUUCUGCAGUUCAGCCGAAUCGUUGUAGACACAUGGUGUAGUGGUUCAGACUCUUGCCUUUCAAUCUAUGUUGCAAGUGUACACCCAAUCCAGGAUGGUGAUUUCCUUUAGCAAGAAAUUUGUCCAAAUGACCCAGGUGAUGUACACAUUUGGCUGGUUAUGCUGGCAGAAUUAUUCAUUGAAUUUGGGCAAAUCAUAUUGAUGGUUAAUUGAGCUAAAACUGGAGUAAUAAUAUAUUCAGUUAUCUUAAAGUGCCAAGGAUACUUUGGUUGAUUUAUAUGCACUGAAUAUUAUAGCUGAAGCAACCUCAGAGACCAAAAAACAUAAUUUUUGUUGAAUAUUGUAUUUUUCUACACAGGAAACUCAUUUUUCAACAAGAUAUUACAAUAUUUCUGAUCCCAGCAUUUAACCUCCUUUUUUUCAGAAAGUAAUGUCCCAAAAGGCUGAAAUUGAAUUGACAACACCCUACAUGUAGCACUUGACAAGGGUGCAUUUAUAAUGUUCUGUUGUUGAAGCCUAUUUUAAGUUUUGAUUAAAAAAAUAUAGUAUUGAAUGGAAUAAUGACUCUUGUUUGUCCUUCAAAAAAAAAAGGAUCUUUGGCUACUCAGCUCUAAAUCUUGAGGAUAAUCCAAAAUUUGUGAUGAUCAAAUUAUAUUGAUAAAAUUAUGAGUGAUACUUGAAAUUGGUAUUGAUUUAUAGAUAUUUAUUUCCCAUUUUGUACAGGCAAGGUAUGGAUCAAAACUCU